UUUCUUUGGGCCGAAACUGUCGAAGAGGCCCAGCCCGCGCUAAAGCGAGGCUCCAGUUCAGGCCCACUAUCGUCCAAGCUCGUGCGUGUAUGCGUAUAGGCGUAUCUCGCACAAACACUAGAAUACGAAGCGUCCUCUAAAAAAAAGAAGAAUACGAAGCGGAUACAGAGGAAAAAGAAAAAGAAAAGGGAAAAAAAAGGCCUCUGGGGCCUCAACACCAAACCUUAUCCUCCGCGCGAGUCCGCGACGCCGCGUCAGAUAGAAACAAGGAACGAAUCGCCACGACGCCCACCAGCACACCCAGAGAUCAAACAGAACCCACCGCCGCGUCGACCCCGGCGAUCACCGGAGAAGCAGCAGCGGAAGGGCGCAGGGGUUCUCCGGCAACAUGGAGGAAGUGGACGUGUCGCGGCAGCUCAAGCAGAUGACGGACUUCAUCCGCCAGGAGGCCGUCGAGAAGGCCGUCGAGAUCGAGGCCGCAGCCGCCGAGGAAUUCCAAAUUGAAAAAUUGCAACUGGUGGAAGCUGAAAAAAAGAAGAUCAGGCAGGAAUUUGAUCGCAAAGAGAAGCAAGUCAGCAUCAAGAAUAAAAUUGAUUACUCAAUGCAGCUCAAUGCUUCCCGAAUUAAAGUUCUUCAAGCUCAGGAUGACCUGGUAACAAAUAUGAUGGAGUCAGCAAGGAAAGAGCUACUGUACAUAAGCCGUGAUCAUCAAACUUACAAGAAACUUCUGAAGAUACUUAUUGUUCAGAGUUUGCUGCGUCUGAAAGAACCAGCUGUGCUUCUCCGCUGCAGGAAGGAGGAUCUUGACCUUGUUGAUUCAGUUUUGGAGUCGGCAAGUAAUGAGUAUGCAGAAAAAGCAAAUGUAUAUCCUCCUGAGAUAGUGGUAGAUCGUCGUGUCUUUCUGCCAUCUGCUCCCAGUCAUUAUCAGGCACCUGGUCCCUCGUGUUCUGGUGGAGUUGUGCUAGCUUCCCGAGAUGGAAAGAUCGUCUGUGAAAACACACUGGAUGCUAGACUGCAAGCGGUUUUUAGAAAGAAGCUGCCUGAGAUCCGUCAAAGCCUUUUCAGGCAGGUUGCCGCAUAACCAAUUCUUGAAAGCAGAACGAGGCACAGUACUCUCUGGGGUACCCUGAUGAUGUCCAGGAGCAUUGCUUUGGCAGCUCAAUAGUGAUUUAUCACACUGUUUUGGAUCUCAAUUGUUAUUAUUAAUGUUUUUUUUGUUAUGGAGGCGUUGCCAUCAUAUUUCGAACCUUGAAAUCCUGUACCGAAGCAAAUUAGAGCAAAUAAACGGUGUUCGUAUUUUGGACCAUCUUUUUCUUAAAAUAAGGCGGAUGUGUAGUACUGCCAGGUCUAUGAAUAACAUCAUGCUUUCUCGUUGGAGAUGA